GGGGAGCGCGGUUGCCGUGGAAACCGCAGCCAUGGCGGCCCCGGGGCGGGUGUGCAGCGUCUCUCAGCGCUUGGAACGGGCGCUUUCAACUGAGUCGUUCAUCACCGCCAGGACGCCAGGGCCCGUCGUGUCUCCCGUGUCCCUGGAUCUGCGCGUCUCGCCGGGACAGGUUGCGGAGCUGCCCGGCAAGAACCUGUGGGAGCAGAUCUGCGAAGAGUAUGAAGCUGAGCUGCCUCCCUUUCCAGAAGGAUAUAAAGUCAAACAAGAAGCUGUGGUUACUGCAUCACCAUCAGAGGCAAGGGUUUUCUGCGGCUUCAACACGGAACACCUUUACCCAGCUGCUCCUUUAGCCGUGGUCCCACAAGUGUCCUGUCCUCAAGCUAAACGGGAAACAAUCGACCCAGAAACAUGUUCCCCCAAAGAAUAUUUGGAAACAUUCAUCUUUCCAGUUCUGCUUCCCGGAAUGGCUAGCCUGCUUCACCAAGCAAAGAAAGAAAAAUGUUUUGAGAGGAAAAGAACCAAAUUCAUUGCCUGUGAUUUUCUGACCGAAUGGUUAUACAAUCAAAAUCCAAAGAGGAUAGGGGAGACAUUCACAGAAUUCUUCUCCAUUCCAUUUGUGGAAGAGUGGCUGAAACUGCACCCACGGCCGGCGAUCCCACUCUCCCUCCUGCUGACAGAAUCGGCAGCAGCGCUCUGCAUUCAGUCCUUCUGGAGAGCCUAUCUGGUUCGCUGUGAUCCUGAGAUUCAAGAAUUGCGUCAGUGGCAGAAGAAACUGCGUGAGGACAAGCACAUCCGCCAGCGAGUCAAAAUUUUCUGGGCCAAGCAAGAGCAGAAAGGGGAGGAAACUGUCUCAGAGGUUAGGUCACUUGGUUUUGGUCAACAGCUGCUAAAGAGCAGAGCUGAGGACAUUUACAACUUUCCACAACAUCGUACUGCCUUGCUGUUCUCACACCCUUCCUUUCCACCAGUCCAUGAAUGGGUAGGCUGUGGGAGAGGUCUGGAAUCCAUGCUCUCAAAAGUGCAACAGAAGUUCAAUGCAGAAACGAAGGCCACACCAUAAAAAGCAAUGAAGGACUGAUACAUGCUCGAACGUGGACGAACCUUGAAAACUGAAAAACUUGAAAGCUUGCUAAGUGCAAGAAGACAGACACAAAAGACCACAUAUUGUAUGAUUCCAUUUAUGUGAAGUGUCCCCAAUAGGAAAGUCUAUAGAGAUAGAAAGUAGAUUAGUGCUUGCCUAGGGCCAGGAGGCUGAGGGAAUGGUGGUGAUAGCUAAAAGGUAUGGGGAUUCUUUGGGCGAUAAUGAAGAUGUUGUAAAAUUGAUCGUGGUGACGGUUGAACCUGUCUGUGAAUAUACUAAAAACCAUUGAAUUGCAUACUUUAAAUGAGUGAAUUGUAUGGUAUGUGAUUUAUAUUUUCAUAAAUCUGUUACAUAAAAUAAAAAUGAAGGCACAGACUACCUCACAUCCAUAAAGAUGGAUACUAUCAAAAAAUAGAAAAUAACAAGUAUUGGUGAGGAUGUGGAAGAAUUGGACCCAUUAUGCAUUGUUAGUGGGAAUGUAAAAUGAUGCAGAUAAAGCGGUUCCUUAAUAAAUUUUUAUUGGAAUUACCAUAUGAUCCAGCAAUCCCACUUUGGGGUAAAUACAAGAAAGAGAGCAGAGACUCAAUGAGAUGUUUGUAUACAUAUGUUAAUGGUAGCAUUAUUCAUGGUAGCCAAAAGGUAGAAGUAACCCAAGUGUCUAUCAGUGGAUGAAUAGAUAAGAAA